GAGAGAGAGAGAGAGAGAGAGAGAGAGAGAGAUGGGAAGCCCAAAAUCUCAGAAAUCUGUUCUGAUUAUCUGCGGUGAUUACAUGGAGGACUACGAGGUGAUGGUUCCCUUUCAAGCAUUGCUGGCCUACGGAGUCUCCGUUGACGCCGCUUGCCCGGGGAAAAAAGCUGGUGAUGUAUGCCGUACAGCUGUCCAUCAGAGCUCUGGCCAUCAGACAUAUUCCGAGUCUCGUGGUCACAACUUCACACUCAAUGCAACCUUCGACGAGAUUGAUGCAAGCAAAUAUGAUGGCCUAAUUAUCCCGGGAGGACGAGCACCUGAAUAUCUUGCCAUGAAUGAUUCAGUUCUGAAUCUAGUGAUCAAAAUCUUCAACUCUGGAAAACCAGUCGCAUCGAUUUGCCACGGACAGUUGAUUUUGGCAGCUGCUGAUUUGGUAAAAGGCCGGAAGUGCACAGCGUACCCCCCUGUAAAACCUGUGCUAGUUGCUGCGGGCUCACAUUGGGUAGAACCAGAAACCAUGUCUGAAUGUGUUGUUGAUGGUAACCUUAUAACUGGAGCAACAUACGAAGGGCACCCAGAAUUUAUACGGCUUUUUGUGAAGGCACUGGGAGGUAGAAUUACUGGCUCAAAAAAACGGAUUCUGUUCCUUUGUGGGGAUUACAUGGAAGACUACGAGGUGAUGGUUCCUUUUCAGUCUCUCCAAGCACUUGAAUGCACUGUUGAUGCUGUCUGUCCCAAGAAGGGGGCAGGUGAAACCUGCCCAACAGCAAUCCAUGAUUUCGAGGGUGACCAGACUUAUAGUGAAAAGCCAGGCCACAAUUUCACUCUGACUGCAAGCUUUGAAGGUUUGGAUGUUUCUGGCUAUGAUGGGCUCGUGAUCCCUGGGGGCCGAGCUCCAGAAUACCUUGCAUUGGAUGAGAAAGUCCUGGCUGUGGUGAAGGAAUUCAUGGAGGCAGGAAAGCCAGUGGCGUCCAUCUGCCAUGGGCAACAGAUUCUAUCAGCAGCUGGCCUUCUCAAGGGAAAGAAAUGUACAGCAUACCCUGCCGUGAAGCUCAAUGUGGUGUUGUCGGGUGCGACAUGGUUGGAUCCCGAGCCAAUUGAUCGUUGCUUCACCGACGGCAACCUGGUGACUGGAGCAGCUUGGCCUGGGCAUCCCGAGUUCAUCUCUCAGUUCAUGGCGCUGCUCGGUAUUCAAGUAUCAUUCUAGUGCAUUUCAUGUGAGUUUAUGUUUGCAUGUUUCGUGUGUGCACAUCUGCAGAAUAAAUCAUAUAAAGGUCCCCUUGCACAUCAAAAAAAAAAAAAAACCUCUGGAGACUGGUCACAUCCAGCUUUUGUUCUCUUUCUUGAACUUCAGAAAUGUAGCAUUGUAACGUAGUUGUAUAAUGCAAUUUACCAAUGUAUUUACUGGGCUAGUUCUGCACUAUUUAAAAGAUGGUGGGGACUCUUCAACUGCACACACGACACCAUUGUAGGGCAACCUGGGCUGUCCAAAUCUCUGACCCAACUGUGGAUGGAGCAUAACCCAAUAAAAUGCUAACAAUCUGUUUGCCCCUUCGAAUUCGGACAAUGCACUAUUUUACUUUUAACUGUUAAUUUGACUGUCAUUAAUUGGAUGCUUAGGAUUGCUUGAUCAGCC